GGAGCCGGCGGCGGAGCAACCAGCGAGCGGGACCGCGGGCUACGCGCGGAGCCGGCGCUGUCAUGGCCGACUACUGGAAGUCCCAACCAAAGAAAUUCUGUGAUUACUGCAAGUGCUGGAUAGCAGACAACAGGCCUAGUGUGGAAUUUCAUGAAAGAGGAAAGAAUCACAAGGAAAAUGUGGCCCGAAGGAUCAGUGAGAUUAAACAGAAAAGCUUGGAUAAGGCAAAGGAAGAAGAAAAGGCAUCCAAAGAGUUUGCUGCGAUGGAGGCAGCUGCACUGAAGGCGUACCAAGAGGAUCUGAAACGCCUCGGCCUAGAGUCGGACAUUUCAGAGCCAAGUAUACCACCAGUGACAAGCAUUGUCCAGCCCACCUCUACAUCAAAUCAACCAAAAGAGAAGAAAAAGAAAAAGGAAAAGAAGAAGAAAGACACUCCGAAGGGUAGAUGGGUGGAAGGCGUAACAGCUGAUGGUCACUGUUACUACUAUGAUCUCAUCACAGGAGCAUCUCAGUGGGAGAAGCCAGAAGGAUUUCAAGGGAACUUAAAAAAGACAUCAGCAAAGGCCAUUUGGGUAGAGGGUUUAAGUGAAGACGGUUACACCUAUUAUUAUAAUACAGAAACAGGAGAAUCCAAAUGGGAAAAGCCGGAUGAUUUCAUCCCACACACUGGUGAUGCGCCUUCUAGUAAGGACAAUGAAAAGUCACCUGACACUCCAGAAGAAUCCAAGUCGUCAGAUUCUCAGAGUGACUCUGAUGGCGAACAGAAGAAACCAGCAGAGGCUUCUGCAGAAACUAAGAAACUAAUAAUCAAGUUUAAGGAAAAAAAUAAAAGUACUGAGAAAAGAACUGACCCAGAAAUACAAAAAGAAAAAAGUACCCCAAAACAGAAUCCAUCAACCACAAACGAAGAAAAACCCAAACCUCUUAAGAAAUUGACGAACCCUUAUGGAGAAUGGCAAGAAAUUAAACAAGAGGCGGAGUCUCAGGGAGAGGUUGACUUGGAACUUCCAAGCACUGAAAGCGACUAUCUGUCAACACCAGAAGCUGCUGCUGGAGAAAUCAAAGUGGUAUUUAGAGAAAAAACUGUGUCUUCUCUGGGAGUGGCAGCAGAUGGGCUGGCUCCAGUCUUCAAAAAGAGAAAAAUUGAAAAUGGGAGGUCUCGGAAUUUAAGACAGCGAGGUGAUGAUGAUUGACUGGGAACCCUUUCCUUUGACUGCUUUGGACAGAGGGGACAUGCCCUUUCCAAGCUUCUCUGUGUAUUGAGUACUAUAGUGCUGCAGUUUACAUUUAUGCUAAAUGUAUUUUAUGUAAAUCAAAAUAAAUCUUUUUUCAUGUGAAA